UACUUCCCAGUUGAUAUCCGAUCGUAUUUGCUCUUGGCGCUCUCAUCUUCAAAUUAAAUCAAAUUUACCACAUCAACAUGGCGGAUAAAUCAGAAAGAGAGCAUGAUGGGGAGGACUUUUCACCAAGGUCCCAUUACGGCGUAAAAGAUGAACCAAUGGACAUGGAUUUUCCUGAAGAGGAUGAAGAACCACCGGCGUUUGGACCCGCCGCGCUUGGAUUACACAGAGUUGGUACUAAGUUACCGCCAAAACCAGCACCAAGUGAACCUGUCCAAAAACUGAAUGCACGAGGCAUGCCAGCACGUAUAAGGAAGAAAAAUAGGUUUAUUUUCGUGGAUGAUUUUGUAAAUACAUCUCCACCGCGCCAGUCACCAAAAAGAACUCCGAAAAUUAUAUCCAAGACUCCUAUUAAACAAACAAGUGCUAAGAAACAGAAGUCUCCAAGUAAAGUUCAAAGAGCAAAUGAAAUUAAAUAUGAUGACAAAUCUGAAACAGUUGGAACACAAUCACCAGACCCUAAAUCUGGUCAUCGAAUUGGAAUGAGGUUAAGAAACUUAUUAAAACUGCCAAAGGCCCAUAAAUGGGUUUGCUUUGAGUAUUUUUAUAGUAACAUUGACAAAGUUCUUUUUGAUGGGGAAAAUGAUUUUAUGAUUUGUUUAAGAGAAUCUUUUCCACAACUGACUAAUCGCAAAUUAACCCAAGUGCAAUGGUCUAAAAUAAGGCGUAUGAUGGGCAAGCCUAGAAGAUGUUCCCAGGCCUUUUUUGAUGAAGAGCGAAGAGAGCUUGAGAGAAAACGUAAACUGAUUAGAUCUAUACAGCAAAGAAAAGGAGCUGACAUCAAUGUUAAAGAGUUGCCUAACGAAAUACCCAUGCAAUUAGUAGUAGGCACUAAAGUCACGGCUCGACUACGUAAACCUCAAGAUGGAUUAUUUACUGGGUGCAUAGAUGCCGUUGACACAUCUAAUAACACUUACAGAAUAUCUUUUGAAAGACCAAAAUUGGGAACACAUUCAGUACCAGAUUAUGAAGUGUUAUCAAAUGAACCUCCAGACACAAUAAGUCUCUGCAGUAUAGCUAAAAAGUUUCGUCCACGCUUUGUUAUGCAGGAUAUAUUUAGCCUGAUGGAACCCACAAACAAUAACUCUCAAGGUGAUCCACUAAUUGGAUGCUCAGACUUAAGUAAACAAAUGGAAACCAUUGGUAGUUACCCAUUUGCCCUGUUAGAAUUGAUUGUUAAAUUAAGAAGAAUAUUGAAUGCAAAGAGAGACAAAAUUAAUUUGUUAAAGGAAUAUAAUUGUGAUGCAGAAAAAAGAAAAUCAUUUGGCCAGAAAAUGCCAGAAGACUUUGAGAGAAAGUAUGCUGCGGUUGUUAUUGAUUUAGAAAAAAUGAAUAUGGAUUUACAAGAUUACAUAAAUGAUGUGCAACAAUACUGCCAACAAAUUGCACCAGAACCUAGCUUAGCUGCCAUGUUAGUGCCUUCUCAUUUAAGGGAAAUAUGUCGUGGUAAAGCAUCAUUAUUAGUAGAGAAACAUAAUAAUGGUUCAGUUAAAGAUCCAAAUUUAAUUGAUCUUAUAACAGACCUUAUAGCCUUAAUGCUUCAAGUCAAAAGUUUAUCUGAUUCAGAUCAAAAUGCUUAUGAAUUAACAGUACUACAAGGGACAAUGGAGCAAAUAAAAAUGAAAUUGGAACCUCACCAUCAGAAGCUAUUCCAAAAUAAUGUAGAGAUUCAUAUGCAUAGAAUCCAAAUGGGUUUAGGUCAAAUGACUCCUAAUAGUUUUGUAGCUGGUACAUAGUGUGCAAUUUAUCUAUUCAUUUGUAAUUUUGCUGUUGCUUAAUGAAAUUUUAUUACAAAAAUAUUUUUGGCAGGCAGACAUACCACAAGCAGUGUAUGUUAGUAUGUGCUAACUACUGAUUUUGAGUCAUGUAGUUAGAGUGGAGAAAUGUAUCAUAAAGGAAUCGUUUUAUAAGAAAAAUAUAAGCAUAUUCUAGAAUUAUAAUUUAUUAUAACUGGUUACAUGAGCUUACGAUAUUGCUCAGUGCCAUCAUAAAUAUUACCUAAUUGUAUUGAAAUUUGUAUAAUAGCAUAGAAAUAAAAUAUGACAAGUAAAA